AAGAAGUUUAGGGCGAUAGCACUGGAUCCUUAAUCCGUACUACACUCUGCUCUAGCAGUACCAGUGAUCCAGAUCCUGGCGCACUGCACCAGACUGGCAAUCGCAGAGGAUCCUGCGGGGACGCACUCACACACACACGAGACCCCGGCCAAGCCAAGAUCCAAAGCACGCACGCAUUCCCAGCGUCCGGCACACGGAGGGGUCGCGUUUCUCUAGUCUCGUUCUCCACUCUCAGUGACUCAGGCGACCCGCGGCCGACCAUGCGGGCAGCAGCGGCGUCCCUGGUGCUGGUACCCCGCCUCGCCCUCUUCGUCCUGCUGCUGUCCGGCUCCGGCGUGCCGACUGCCCUGUCGAAGUCGACGCUGGAGUCCUGCGCCUCCUCCAGCGCCUGCCCGGCGCUGCUCUCCUACACGCUGUACGCGGACCUGAAGCUUGCGGAGCUGGCCGCGCUGUUCGCGGCCGACCCGCUGGCCAUCCUGGCCGCCAACGCCAUGGACUUCGCGGUCCCGGACCCGGGCGACCGCAUUCUCCCGGCGGGGCUCGCGCUGCGCGUGCCGGUGCCGUGCGCCUGCUCCGACGGCAUCCGCAAGGCCACCUCCGCGCGGUACGUGGCGCGGGCGGGGGACACGCUGGCGUCCGUGGCCGGCAGCGUCUACGGCGGGCUCACCACGGCCGACUGGAUCCGCGACUCCAACGGCAUGGCCGAGGAGGAGGACGCCGCCCUCGACGCCGGGACCACGCUGUUCGUGCCGCUGCACUGCGCCUGCUUCGGCGGCGCCGACAGCGGCGCCCCCGCCGUGUUCCUGACGUACCCGGUGGCCGAGGGCGACACGGUGCCGGCCAUCGCGCGGAGGUUCCGCACCACGGGCAACGACCUGAUGAGCGUCAACGACCUGGCCACCGCCGACGUCGCCGCCGGGGACAUCAUCGUCGUGCCGCUGCCCGCGUGCGCCUCGUCGUUCCCCGCGUUCGCGUCGGACGCCGGCCUGGCGGUGGCCAACGGGACGUACGCGGUCACCGCCAACCGCUGCGUGCAGUGCAGCUGCGGCCCUGGAAACCUGGACCUGUUCUGCGUGCCGGCGCCGCUGGCCGACUCCACGUGCUCCAGCAUGCAGUGCAGCAACAGCAGCAUGAUGCUCGGCAACUUCACCCUCCUCAUGACCAGCGCCGGCUGCAGCGUCACCUCCUGCAGCUACGGCGGGUACGCCAACGGGACCAUCCUCGCCACGUUAACGACGUCGCUGAAACCCCAGUGCCCAGGCCCGCACCAGUUCCCUCCGCUGAUGCCGCCGCCGACGUCGUCGUUCUUCGAGACCUACCUCGGCCCGUCGCCGACGCCGAUGGCGUCCGAAGGCGGCAUGGGUCCGCAGAUGGCUGGCAUGGCGCCGACAAGCAGCCCGCCGGUGAGUUCAGGGCCGCCGACGGCAGGUUCACACGUCGGCAGUGACGCUCUUGCACAGGUCGCUUAUCUCUGCCUCGUCGCCAGCCUGCUGUGGUAGACUGGUAGAUUGGGCUGCCUGCGAGACAGCGAGAGGAUACUCUAGCAUAGCUUGUUCCGAAAGGGGAUUCUUUUGUACGGAAACAGUCAGUUAUUUUUUUGCGCGGCGUGUAAUUUUUUUGUCAUCCUUCGUUCUAUCUGUCGUCCAUGUAUUAUCGCGAACUCAUGCAAAUACGGAGUACUGUAUUCGUCUAUGAAGGAAAGUGACAAUGGCCGGGGAUUGUGUAG